CAUGGUCUAUCGGAGUCAGAAGGUGUUGCAACUGCAGCGGCCAACAAAAACGUUGGGUUCGACGAAUGGUCUUAUCAUGAUCCUGAGAAACGCUGUGAUGCGAAAGCGAAAUGCAAGAAGCCACAGGGCGAGAGUGUUGAUUGGGUGCGUUUCUUUUGGAAUAUUACUGUACUGUUCGGUGGCCGUUCAUUCUCCUCUGCGUUCUCAGAAUCAAUCGUUUGCGACGAUUCUUAUUUCGAAUAUGCGAUUGAUUGACUCUUUCGUUUUUGAUUCAGUUUAA